AUGGUCAUCGAGUACAUCAAGGACCCGCGCACAAUUAUCCUCGCCGUCCUCCCUGCCAAUGUCGAUGUCGCCACCCAGGAGAUCCUAGCUCUUGCGGCAGAGUACGACAAGGCGGGUGAGCGCACCCUGGGCAUUCUCACCAAGCCGGAUUUGUUGAAGGAGCGGAGUGCUAAAGCGACUGUUUGUGAGUUGGUACUCGGCAACCGCAAGGCUCUGAAUCUGGGGUACUACAUCGUCCGGAACCACGGGGGCGAUGAGGAUGAGGAUAACUCGGAGCUGGCCAAGCGAGAGCUCCUGUUCCGCCAGCACCCUUGGUGUGAGCUACCUGAUGAACGCGUUGGGUUGAUGGAUAUGCUUGAUGAAACCCAAGACGCUCUCAACGAGAUUUGCGCCUCUCGGAAGACUGCUCAAGAGCAGCGUCAAUAUUUGGCCACGAUGCCAGCAAACUUUCAGGACCUGAGGCGAGCCGCCUUGGAUGCUGACUACUCCCAACACAAGGCUCCUGAUGAUCCUGACUUGCGCCUUUCUACCCUGGUUGUCCUUCAGACAGAGUGGUUUGACGACACAUUCAGGCGCCUAUCUCAGACAUACAAGUUUCAGGAACAAAAGGGGCUUGGAGUACCCCGAUGA